GUUUAGGUUCGUUCCUGACGCGCCGCUCUAUGGCCCAGGCAUCUCGCUCGGGUGGCCUUCUGCCUCCGCUCGGUCCUGUGCCGCCGUUGUGGUCGCAAGCCGGGAGCGCCGGGGAGGAGCAGUGGGAGAGAAGGCGGACGGGCGCUCUCGGCUGGGAUGUUGGUGCCUGGCCCGAGCUGCCGGUUGCCGGGAGCAUCCCCUGCUCGAACCCACCGUCCGGCGGAGUUCCCGGAGGGCAGCCGUGGUGGGCGGCGCCGGCGGGCGCGGGAGAGCACCCCGAGGCUGCCGCUGCGGACUGGAGGCAGGAGUCCGCCGCGAGAGGCCCGAUCCCCCCGGCGCUGCAGUGUCUCCGGGCCGUGUUGUUGCGGCUGCACCGCGAGCGGGAGCAGCUCCUCCAAGCCCGGGACUGCGCCCGCCAUCUCCAGGCAGCCGUGCACCUCCUGAGGAUACUGACUCCCGGCGCGCCGUCCCCUGGCCCCCUGCCUCAGCUGUGUCGCGACCUGCUGCCGCAGCCUUCCCGAGGGGCCAUCCUGAGAACCGGUCUUCGGGAGACUCCAGAGCCGCUACUCCUGGCGCGCGCGGUCGGACUAGCAGCCCAACGCCUGCAUGCUGUCAUCGAGAUGCAGCUUCGCGCCCUGGGCCGGACGCCCGCCAGCCCCGGCCUGUCGUCCCAACUUGCCGACCUGUUGCUGGCGCUUCCGGCCUACCAUCAGUUGCUGGGAACAGCCUUGAGCCACGUUCCAGGGGCGGCGCGCCCUUUCCCCCCAGCGCGUGUGCUAUGCCUCCUGACCCGGGAGCGGGGUUGCCAAGUGGCAGGUCGGCUGCUUGAGGCGCUCAGGGGAUCCGGCUUGCGGGACCAGCUCAGCAGGCAGUGUUGUGAGGAGCAGGAGCUGCUGCCAGGACUCCUGGGCCUGAUGGGGGGCAUGGAGAAUUCAGCCAGCAGUGGACUGGGGCUUGAAGGGACUGGAGCCCUGUGGAGCCAGUACUGGACCCUGCUGUGGGCCGCCUGUGCGCAGAGUCUGGACCUAAGUCUAGGACCCUGGAGGGACCCCAGGGCAGCGGCACAACAGCUGAAUAAAGCACUGGAUCGGGGGUCAUUUCUGCCUCCGGAGUGUGAGAAGGAGCUGGCUUCUUUGUGUCACAGCCUAUUUCAUCAGUCUCUUAUCCGGAGCUGGGACCAAGGCUUCUGCCAGGCCUUGGGAUCUGCUAGUGAUCAGAGCAGCCUUUCUUCAUCCUCUCCUACCACUGAACUUCUGCAACGGCUCUUCCCUCCUCUCUUGGAUGCUCUUCGAGAGCCCAGGUCAGGGCUGCUCCUCUGUCAGCCUUCAGGUCCUGUACCCCUUGCUCUGGGGCUCUGCACCCUGCAGACAACCUUGCUUUGGUUUUGGGGCAAAGCUCAGCAGCAUUUGGCGUCGUGGGCCCCAGGUUCCUUCCUGCCUCUGAUCCAGAAGGACUUACCGCCUCUACUACACAAGGCAGAAGCUCUGUCUGGCCUGGCAGCAGAGGAAAGCUUGGCCCUGGAAGUGGAACAGCAGCUGGGCCUGGAGAUCCGGAAGCUGACAACACAGAUCCAGCUCCUGCCUGAAGAGUCACUAUGUCUCUUUUUUCAAGAAUGUCAUAAACAAGCUACACAUGGCUUUGAACUUCACAUGCCACGGGGUCGGUACUGGCGGCAUCGUCUCUGUCCUGAACUGCCCAGCAUUCCUAGUGAGUAUGCCAGGUUGGUGGUCCGCACAGUACUGGAGCCUGUAUUGCAAGGAUUGCAGGGGUUGCCACCUGAAGCCCAGGCCCCUGCCCUUGGCCAGGCGCUGACAGCCAUCCUGGGUGCCUGGCUUGACCACAUUCUCACCCAUGGGAUCCGGUUCAGCCUUCAGGGGGCACUGCAGCUCAGACAAGACUUUGGAGUGGUCCCAGAGUUGCUGGAAGAAGAGCGGUGGGGACUGACCCCUGAACUUCGCCAGAUUCUGCUCAGGCUCAGCAUAUUCCAGCGGCUGGAUGGGGCCCUGCUGUGUCUACUGCAGCAGCCCCUGCCCAAGACUCAAGUCCGCAGAAGGCCUCCCUGUUGCUGUGCCUGUAAUGAGGUCCAGACCUUGGACUUGCCCAGCAGUAGCCUCAACAGCCUGGAGAGCUUGGAGCCCCCUCUUCGACCUGGAGCAUCCCCAGCCCAGACAGCUCAGCUGCUAAGCACGCUGUGGGGAGGAGGACCUAGCCACCAGGUUUACAUGGUGGGAAAUCAGCAGGCAUGGCUCGCCCUGAGGCAGCACCAGCGCCCCCACCCCCGUUGGCACUUGCUUUUCCUUUCCUGCCUGGGGACUAGUCCUGAAUAGUAAGGAGCCUGAUGAGGAGCCAGAAGGUCAGAGCCCUGCAUUUCUGGCUGGAAAAGCCCAGACAUUUGGAACUACAUGUUAAAGAAGCCUACAAUUGGAAACAACAGGAAGAAAGCAUACCUGAGAACCAGAAACUACACAGAGCCUAGACUUACAAGCUAAGAAUCCAAGAUCACUCCAGUACCAGGAAGGAAUCCAAGUAAAUGGCAAAACCACAGCCUGGAAGCUGGAGGACCUUCCUCCAGGCGGUGAGCAGCGAGAAGGUCCGUUCCACCAACCUCAACUGCUCGGUGAUUGCAGACGUGAGGCACGACGGCUCCGAGCCCUGCGUAGACGUGCUGUUCGG